UUUUGCGGGGAGCAGAUGUAUGCAUAUAGCGGACCCGGAGGCGGAGUCAGAUGAUAAAUGAGCAGCCAGCUGAAGGGAAACUGUGAGUGUAGCAAGGUUCUCCUUCCGCCGUCCGUAUGUGCAGAGAGCAGUCUGAUAUCGCUGGGAGGAAAAUGUCGUGUGGGCUGUGGAAAGACACCCUGGCCCUGGCAGAGGACUACCUGUCCCUGUGCUGCACAAGCCCACGGCCAGCCCCUCCACCUCCCAGCGAGUCAGCCGCUGCCAUGAGGCGCCUGGCCCAGGACAUGGAGACGCAGCACCAGGCUCGCUUCCACGCCCUCGCUCACACCUUCCUGAGGCAGUGCGGGCCGGACCCCUGCCCCGGCCUCAGGAAGGUGAUAGAGGAGCUGGUGGGAGACGGGCACAUGAACUGGGGGAGGGUAGUGUCCCUUUUCACCUUUACUGGGGUGCUGGCCAGACAGCUACUGGAGCAGAAGGACGUGAAGCCGGGGCUGGACCCUGGGCAGGAACUGGGACAGGGGUCCGGAAACUGCAGGGGACUGGCAGAGACCAUAGCUGAUUACUUGGGAGAGGAGAAGAGAGACUGGCUGCUGGAGAAUGAUGGAUGGGAGGGGUUCUGUAAGUUCUCCCGCAGUGCCAGAGAGGUGAGUCAGGACUCGUCCAUGAAGACGGCGCUGUUUGCUGCUGCGGGCGUGGGCCUCGCUGGACUCACCUUCCUCCUGGUGCGCUAGCGAGCCUUCUACAUCCUGAACACAUCCUCACCCAUGUUCUCCUCCUUUCAUUUGGCACAAUUAUGUAGACCUUUUUUUAAAUUCUAACAUCAAUGCUGCAAAAACAGGCUUAAUCUGUAGUGAAUUCAGGGUUGUAAUCUCAAAUCAUCAACUGAAUGUUUGCACAUACUCGAACCCCAUUAAUACUGACAUUUUGUCACUUGCUCCUUAAGAUUGUAAAAAAUGAUCUCAAUGCCUUCAGAAAUUUUGGAGUAAGUGACCUCAGUUUGCAUAUCUUAGACAAGUUAAUUAAUUACUAAAGGUUUCUCAACAGAGUCCUCUUGUUUUCAAAGCUUGUAUUUUCAGCGUUUAGCUAAAAGACUUGAUUUCAAUUUUCCCCACAGCUUCUGGUUUUGAUUUUUCAAAUUGUCCGCUGCCUUUUAUUCACGUGUUUACCUGAGUUGUGUAUUUGAUAUAGAGCCAUUCUAGUGUACAAUGUAUAAAUUAAUAUAUUAUAUUUAUAUGAAAUGAAACUGAAAGCGGUGGCCCUUUUUUCUAACUGAUCCACAGCUUAUUCAGUUGUUUCAUUGUUUUCAAGUCUGUCCUACAUUCGUGUGAAAUGUCUGUGAUUUACACGGGUCAGCAGCUGAAUACAGAGCUGGUGACCACACAACGGUGCUAUGAAAUGUUGUGAAAUGUUUUUCAUAUCAAUCUAACAAACCAGGGACCAAUCUGACUUAAAACAUAUUGCUAUUAGAACAAACCGUUGCUAUGGCAUCCCCCCCCACAGAUCUCUUAAUUAAACAUUAUAUUUUUACAUUGUUUUGUUCUAUUUAUUUGUCACAGUUUUUUUUAAUAAAAACAAAGCUAUCAUGGA